AUGUCGGCCUUUCGAAUAUGUACCAUUGCCGCGGUUGUUGCUGGUGUCAGCGCAACCCUGGUUCCAACAUCCCAUGCUCCUGUCCAGAAGCAGCAAGUGACGCCCUUUGGAGGAGGCCCUGCCGUGACCACGGCCGCUGCUGCAUAUUCCGGGCUCCUUCACCGUCGGGCUGAUGACACUUGCGGAUACAUUGACGGAACAGAGGCGGCCUGGUGCAACAACCCCUAUGAAUGCUUUUACAACGAUACCGCCUCGGCAGCCGGUUGUUGUACGGCCUCGACGUCUUGCUACAUCCCGACGGCGUGCCUGCCGUCCACCUCGCCCGCCCCCAAUGACACCGGCGUCACGAAACAUUGUUCCUACUCGGCCAGUCCGUCGUGCCUGUCGCUCAUCUACAGCAACGGCCCCUGCUUGGGGUGUACAUGGUUCAUAUGCGACUCGGCCGGAGGGAGAAUGGCGAUCCUGACCACGCGCACCAAAGGCAUGUCUACGACGCCGCCGCCAACAACACCGCCGCCAAGUCCAACCAGCCCGUCACCAAUCCCGACACCGCCUCCGUCACCGCCGGCUCCCACCGGCGCAAUCGUCGGAGGAGUCGUAGGAGGAAUCGCCGCUUGCGCCUUGCUCGGUAACCUGUUUUACUUUCUCAAACGCCGCCGGAAGCCCGAGGGUUCGGGCUCCGAGCAGGAACUCGCCCCAGAAGCACAAGGUGGCAGCAACGACACGUCGCAGGAUUUCGAAUCCAGCAGGGCCAAGUCCGUCAUGGCGAAUCUCAGCACCGGCCCGAAUUCGCCUUCGCCGCCGUCCCAGUACCAGCAGAGCUUUGCGAGAGCGAGUUGGUCGGCGUCGCCGGUGCCGGCUCCGGUUUACCCUUCCAGCUAUUUGAAUACGCAGAUUUUGCCUCAGCAGCAUUUUCAGGGGCUGCAAAACUGGUAUCCGGCUGCUCCGCAGGAGAUGGCUAACACGCAGCCGGAACGGCCUGUGCGGGAGAUGUCGGAGAUGUCGGGGAGCCCUCGUACGUAG